AUGAGCACGCUCCGGGAAAACGUCACUGGCUAUGGCGCGCACAAGGCGCUGGCGCCGCAGACCGUUGUGCUCGCCAAGCCGAAGACGCCGCGGCGCGAGCGCUCCGACAGCGUGACCUCUGAGGGCGGCACGGACACGGACAGCGACUUUGAGGACGAAGCGGCGGCGAAUGCGGCGGACCUUGGAGCCCUCAAGCCCGGCAGCGACGAGAUCAAGCUCGUGCUCGUCGUCAACGACAGCCUCAAGAUGAGCAAGGGCAAGAUCGGCGCGCAGUGCGGACACGCCACGCUUGCCUGCUACGAGACCCUUGCCAAGAGCAACGCCAGGCUUGUCAACCGGUGGAAGAUGUACGGCCAGCCCAAAAUCUGCCUCAAGGCUGCGACGACCGAGGACAUCGACGCCAUGGCCCGCCAUGCGCGCAGCCUGAACCUCUGCGCGCGCACAAUACAGGACGCCGGCCGCACGCAAGUCGCUCCCGGCAGCAAGACCGUGCUCGGCAUCGGCCCCGGACCGGCCCGCCUCAUCAACCAGGUCACCGGCAAGCUCAAGCUGCUCUAA